UCAUGAGCUCUUAGAUUGAUUUCCGGUGUCUGUGAGAUUGCUUAGCUAGCCAGUUACCCAAAUAAUUGCGGUGCACCUUUUUUUGUUUUGACCAGUGGUGAUUGUAACGUCCUUUAAAACGCACAUUUUGAAAUUGUUCACAUAAAUGGGCAAGUUUUGAACAGGAACUUGUUGGAAUUUUCGUCCAGGGAAGUGACGCUAGCGAAUGGCACAGGCAACACUUGUUGUGGGACGGACAAUUGAAUGAACCUGAACCCAUUCUGGAGCAUGUCUACCAAUACUGGUCGUAAGAGAUCUGAUGGUGAGGAACAGAGUGGAGAGCAGCAGCAACAAAGAGCCAGUCCAGCCCGUCCUAGCUUUGGGAAGAAGCAGCUUCCCUCCAUCCCCAAGAAUGCAGUCCCCAUCACCAAGCCUGCCUCUCCUGCCGCCACGGCCCAGUUGGCCAACGGAACACAUGCCUCCUACGGUCCAUUCUACCUGGAGUACUCGCUGCUGGCUGAGUUCACGCUAGUGAUCAAGCAAAAACUUCCUGGAAUCUAUGUGCAGCCGUCCUACAAAUCAGCAUUGAUGUGGUUCGGGGUAAUUUUCAUCAGACAUGGCUUGUACCAGGAUGGAGUCUUCAAGUUCACUGUGUAUAUUCCAGAUAACUAUCCUGAUGGUGAAUGUCCUAGAGUGGUGUUUGAUAUCCCAGUCUUCCACCCACUAGUGGACCCUGUUUCAGGAGAGCUUGAUGUCAGGAGAGCCUUCACCAAGUGGAGGCGUAAUCACAACCACAUUUGGCAAGUCCUGAUGUAUGCACGCACGGUGUUCUACAAGAUCAACACUAUGGAACCACUCAACCCAGAAGCUGCUGUGCUGUACGACAAGGAUGUGCAGUUGUUCAAAAGCAAGGUGAUAGACAGCGUCAAACUAUGCAACAGUCACCUCUUCGACCAGCCCAAGAUGGACGAUCCUUAUGCAAUAAGUUUCUCUUCAUGGAACCCAGCAAUCCACGACGAGGCGAAGGAACGGAUGUUCUCACACAAAAGACGGCCUGAGGAUCACCACAAGGGGCUGCAGGUGUCAGGACUGUCUUGGGUGAAGCCCGGAUCCACACAACCCUUCAGCAAAGAUGACAACCCUCCCCAGAGCUGAGCUAAUCCUACAGUCCUAGUCAGCAGCCACUAGAGGAAGAUGCAGAGCAGAAUGCCACAGACUAGCUUCAGCCGCCGUGUGAAUAGGAACUGAACAAGUUGAAUGGACUUAAUUUUACGUUGCAACACUUGCGCUCAGCUUUAAAAGCAUUAUAGGCAUCUUGUGCUCAAACAGCUAUAGAACUAAAAAUGUGUAUAUUAUGUAAGUAAAUCAACAGUGAUAACUGGUUGUCUUAGUAACACAGACUACAAUGCAAUCAGAGCUUUUCCCUUUAUUUUCCUCUCUGCUCUUUGCACAUGCUUGGGUUUGGUCUAUGAAGAUAACCACUCAAAGCUGGUUGAAAGGUGAGAAUAUAAAUCAGCAUUAAUUAUAGGUAUACUGUAUGGGUGGACUAUGGAUUCAUGACUGCUUGUUAAGGUGGGCUCAGGACAGUUAUUGUUUAUUAUUGGGACUGACAAUGGACUCUGACCUUGGGUGUUCUUUUUCCCCCAAACAUUUGACUGAAAUCAAAUUAGAGCAACACUACAUUUUUGGGGUAUGGGAAAUGUGCGUUCUUUUGGAUUACGGGUUAGUGUCUUAUAUUUCUCUUUACUGUGUAAACUAUAGGUAAGAUGGAUAAUAUAUAUUGCAGACUGAGCAGCAGGCAAGUGUGGUUUUAAUUAAUAUGCUAAGUUAAAUAAUCAUAUCCAUCUUUACGUUGCUUUUAAUUCAUUUUGAAUAUUCUAUUUAGCCUUAUUGAGCUGAUUUUAAAGGUUUGUGUAAAUAUAAAAUAUGGGAAUGGCAGCCCUCCACAGACAACAUUGUUUUGCUCAAAGCUGUUGGAUACUUGGCACAAUUUAUAUAGCUGGGAAAUGAUGUAAACACAUGCUGCCGUCUGGACUGUUGACUUUGGCAAAACAAUGUGUACUAUACUUCUCAUUUUACCUUUCUUAUAUGGAACCCAAUCCUCAGUGAACAGUUUGUGCUGUAUAGGCAAUGAGUUUCGAACGCUUUUUUUUGAACGGAAAUAAACACGACAAUGCAUACCAA